AUCAAGUAAGCUUAGACAACCUCUCUCUGUUUUGUUCUGUAAUGUUUCCACAGUCUUUCUUUGCUUCGUGUGCUGCAGUGACCUGCAGUUUCAGUUACAUGACUGUCACAAAUCUAGUCCCUGGUUAGGUUAAAGUUCUGAGGGGUCAUUCCUUUCUCUUGCCCAGGGACCCAAAAGGAAAAAACACCUGAGUUCAGGAAACAUAAGUUAACAAAAGAACAUUCCCAUUCUAACUGGCUCUUAAUACAUUAUCGUGCAUAGAGAUGUUAUGGCCUCGGAGAACUUACUGAAUGGAGGUCAGAGUUUUCAUGGUGAAAAAUCUCAGUCUUAUCUUCUGAGCAGCCACGGUGAGAACCAUGAAAGCAGCCGGCCGUCAACUCAGACCAGGCCGAUGAGAGAUGACAGAAGGGGAUACAUAGCACGAGCUCUCUCAAGGGACUCUGGAGUUAGCUUCAUAAAGCCUUACCAGGUACCGGACAGCAAUGAAAUGUGGAGCAGCUAUGGACCAGAGGAUUCUACUGAAGAAUCCGUGGACACAAGUACAUUUUCUGAGGAAGAGCUUCUUGAUAUAACAUUUGAGGCAUGUAAUACUACUGGCACAGGAGAGGUUCUGGCCUCCACGAUCAUGCAGUACCUGCAGACGAUGACUAGCCAGAGCCCAGAACAGGACAGGCUGAAUGCUUUGAAUCGUAUGCUGGACCCUGAGUGCCGGGACCCCACUAUUAGCAGGGCCAAAUUCCAAUCCACCAUGAGGGAGUGGAUUGCCCAGUGCAGCCAGGAUGGCAUGCAUGAGGACGACAAACAUAUUUCAGGGGAAAGUCCUUGUAAAGCGUCUUUAAAUGGUCCUGAGAUCAAAACUGCCUUCUCAGAAGGAGAACAGUGUUAUUGUGACUCCAGGGAGCUGUUGGCCACUGUGUCUGAGCUUAAGCAUGCGCACAGUAGAAUGAGUAAGCAGAACAACAGCCUGUUGAGGACUGUAUCUCAGGGUGAGGACACCAACCUGCAGCUCACAGUGGAGAUCACUGAACUAAGUGCCUUGCUGGCCAGUGCCCAGCGGUCAGCAAGGAGAACCAGGUCCCUUGUGGAGGAGCUUGAGGAUGCCAGGAGAUCCCUGAGGGAGGCACAGGAGAGAGCCAGCCAAGCCCAGACUAGCAGCUGCAAACUGAGCAAAGAAUGUGACUGUCUGAAAGCACACAUUAAAGUGCUUGAAGACAAGAAUGAACAACUCACACUCGAGGGGACUUGUUCUGAAGACUGUCUCAACAAAUUGAGAAAGGUUCAUGCUGAGAUGAGGGAGGAACUUGAAGAGACCCUUGUCAUGCUGGCUGUAAGAGACAGGGAACUCACUAAGAAAGGCAUACUGAUGGAUAAGCUGAAGAACUCUCAUCUGGAGAACCAUAGAAUCAUUGAGGUAUCUUCAUAA